AUGAGGGAAAAGGGAGGCACUACAGGGGAAGACUGGCAUCAGGUUGGCAUUUCUUCAGUGCCGGAGAUCCGAGCUCCUCGAUGGCAUGUGAGCACAGGCAUCCCCCGCUGUCCCCUGACCAGGCUCACGUUGGUUUCUUCCCUUGCUGCCUCCCGGUUCCGAUGCCCGGGGGGAGGGGGGAGCCCAUUCUCCGCUCUGGAGGCGAGCAAAACCCCACCAUUGCUUCUGUUCCAGACAGCCACCCAGCGGGACACGGACACUUCCGUGUUUGUCCCUUUUGUGUACAAAGAGGAAGUCUCCCCACCUUGGGGUUCCCACCCCCUGAAGGACCACAGUCUGGCCCAAGCAGAGACCCUGAAGCCAGAGGGAAUGACUCCUGUGAUACGGAGGCCCCCUUCCCAGGGGUCAAUAUCAUUGAAGGAUGUGGCUGUAUACUUCACCCAGGAGGAGUGGUGCCUGUUGGACCAUGUUCAGAAAGAGCUGUACAGGGAGGUCAUGCUGGAGAAUGUGCAGAAUCUACUCUUCAUGGAGAGGCCUUAUGAAUGUAAAGAAUGUGGAAAGGCUUUCUCACUGAGGAGUGGUCUUGCUAGACAUCAGAGAAUCCACACUGGAGAGAAACCUUAUGAAUGUACACACUGUGGAAAGGCUUUCACACAGAGUGGCUCUCUUGCUGAGCAUCAAAGCAUUCACACUGGAGAGAAACAUGAAUGUAAACAGUGUGGAAAGGCUUUCACACGGAAGGGGAGUCUUGCUAAGCAUCAGAGAAUCCACACUGGAGAGAAACUUUAUGAAUGUACACAAUGUGGAAAGGCUUUCAUAUGCAGGGUGAAUCUUGCUGCACAUCAGAGAAUACACACUGGAGAGAAACCCUAUGAAUGUAAACAUUGUGGAAAGGCUUUCACACAGAGGGGCCAACUUGUUGCACAUCAGAGAGUCCACACUGGAGAGAAACCUUUUGAAUGUACACAAUGUGGAAAGGCUUUCACAUGGAGGGAAGGCCUUGCUAUGCAUCAGAGAAUCCACUCUGGAGAAAAACCUUAUGAAUGUAAACAGUGUGGAAAGGCUUUCACACAGAGGGGGAGUCUUGCUAAACAUCAUAAAGUCCAUAUUGGAGAGCAACCUUAUGAAUGUACAGAAUGUGGAAAGGCUUUCACAAGGAUGGGAGGUCUUGCUGAGCAUCAGAGAAUCCAUUCUGGAGAGAAACCGUACGAAUAUAAAGAGAAGAGGAAGGCAGGAGCCGGGCUGGAUCCGGUGGGCUCAGAACUGGCCAACUUGGGCUUCCAAACUGCCUCUGCUGCUUCCUCCUGGGAGGGCUGGAGUCACGAAGGAGGCCGAGGAGGAUCAGAGCUAAAACUGCCGAAAAGGAAACUAAAAGGACCGGCUGUAGCCGGGGAGAUUCGGGAACACCUGGUGCGGGGCCCCGCUUCCAGCAGGGAUCCAGACCUAGAAGUCCAGAGAGUAAGACUACAUUUCCCAGCAUGCCUCUGGCACGACGUCCUCUAA